AUGCGUGGGUUGACUUUGAUAACAACAGGCCUGGGCCUGCUACGUCCAGCUAUUGCCAUCCUUGUAGCAGAAAAUUCGCCCUGCGGAACGGUAUGCGGCAAUGUCCUCGACUCGACUACCAGCGACGAUGUUGUCUGCCAUGAGGGCGACUAUGAUAGCGGCUCAGGCAUUGUGUUUCAACAAUGCCUCACAUGCGAACAAAGCAGUGACUACCGCACAAAGAAUAAUGAAACAGACCAGCAUUACUUCCUUUACAACUUACGUUACGCUACUUCAUAUUGUUUGUUUGGAAUCCCCGAUAAUAAAAACACCAUCAACACACCUUGUCUGACUUCAAAAGCCUGCGGGCCUUUCCGCGACUCCAUAAUCUAUAACAAUCUGACUGCAGAGGUUGAUGGUUAUGACUAUUGCGAUACUUGGCCUGUGCACGACACGGCCGACUUUCUUGGAUGCACAGAAUGUCUUCAAGCAGGAGACAAUCACUUCAUCUCAAACUUCAUCACAGUUCUUCAAGCUGGAUGUGAACAAAAGCCUGAACCUGGCACGCUUGUCUCUACAGACGGAAGCAUAUUCUCGAGAGACAAUGUCAACAUCACUGCGCCAUCACCAGUCGCUUCCCUAGACCCGGACUGGCUUGAUCAGGGCCCUCUUAGUUUGGGAGCCAAAGUCGGCAUCGCCGCUGGAGGCCUAGCCUUGAUACUAUUCAUUCUUGGAUUCUGCAUCAUUUGGCGAGGUAGAAGACGCAGAAGGGCGUUUCUUAGCAAGCUUGAGACAAAACAGGCUAACUCCUGGCCGACUCCGCUUACUAUUCCCCGAGAAACUCGAGAGACACGCGAUACCCCUCUCAGCCAGAAGCCGCUCAGGAGUUGGGAUGAGUCGCCAGUCAGUGUCCGAUCCGAGCAAUUGUUCCCACCGCAUCAUGUCUCGCCCUAUGCUUCGCAGUACAGCAGCCCUGUAAGCGCAACAGAACUGAAGCUCGCCCACUGGCCGGUAAUGGCACCCAACCAGCAGACGACUACGGCAAUUCAUAACCAAACACCAUUCCCGCCCAUGUUCCCGUCAAUGUAUCAGCCGGAUCCAACCAGCUCUCAGAUAGGGGUUGCUCUGGGUGGGGAUGACUCGUCCAUCAACUCAGGCAACUCCAAAGGCAAAGGGCACCGCACAGAGGAGUACGAGAUGACUCCAGUGGAUAACCCGCAUGCGGGCAUAGGGAUCUAUCAGCCCGACCCUUAUCGAACCGGCGAAUCCAGUACAUCUGUUCCACGGGCAGGAUACUUCCCAGAAGGAAUUUCGUAUGUAAAUCAGGCGUACGGUUAUCCGAACUCGAGUUACGGGGAUCGUGAUGACCAUCAGCAGGGACGCUACCCCUAA